AUGGGUUCUUCUGAUGCCAGCUCCCUAGGUCGACGGUUCGAGGAUAUUUCCAACACUAUCACUACUGAUACGGUUAAGUUCGAAGCUAAGCGUCGAUUCUCUCGCCGUGAAGCUAUGAUCAAGGAAGUUCAUGGCGCUAUGGAAGAAGCUGAGGCCAAGGUCAUGCUGAAGUUUGGUGAUCGCCUGUCGCGUCGUCGCACUUUUAAGGUUGGGCAGAAGGUGCUCAAGUGGAUCGACAACAAGUCUAAUGGUGUGCUUCAACCUAACUGGACAGGCCCUCUCACUAUCAAGGAGGUUCUCGGUACUGCUACUUAUCGUCUUAGUGAUGACACUGUUCACGCUGACCGAAACCUCUGUCUAUACUAUCAAUGA